ACACGAGCCUAUGUUAGGAGCGGGUGGUUUCCAUUUGACAUCAACAACAUGGGAUCUCUGAAGCAUGGAGGUGAUAGAAACAAAGUUCAAGAUCAGCCAAAUGGCGAUAGAAAUAGAGCUCAAGAUCAACCAAACGUGGACAAGAAUCAAUUUCAAUUUCCGAUAUUUUGGUUGCCUUACAAGCAUGAAGAAGAUGAAACAAGGGGCGAUAAAGAGGCAAAAGCGGAUCACGAAUCUGCUGAAAGAUCAUCUCCCAAUUUGAAGGUUGCGUCGGCACAACUUCCUAGCAGCAAGGUUGGUUUGAAGGCGACGGAAAACAAUGUCAAUGGGAAGACAAAUCAUGUCAAGCAACAGGAAGAGCUACACAAUACGGGGAAGACCAAAGAAGGUGAGGGAAAAGCCAGAGGCAUUACUAUGAAGGAGAUAGAACAUAGUGGAGAUAAGAAGCCUUCUGAUGAUGGUACUAAAAGACAGUCCCCUUCUCCACAAAAGACGUCUAAGCUACCUCCGGUUUGUUUGAGAGUUGACCCCUUGCCAAAGAGGAAAAACAGUCAUGGUGAUUCGAGGUCUCCUAGUCCUAGUCACAAAGAAAAAGCACAGGAAGCAUUUGGUGAUAGGUCUGAGUCCACCUCAUCAAUAAAAGAGAGUGAGGAGGUAGAGCCGAAUAAAGGGAAGAUAAAAGUAGUUAAGGUAGUGGAUGGCAUAACAAAGCAAGACACUGGUGAAGAUUGCAAAGCUCAGACUCCCAUUGGAGCUCCUGUGAAUUUGUUUCCUAAAUCUGGUGAAGAUGUUUCAACGAACCAAGACACUAGCAAAGUUGUAGUAUGUGAUGAUGUGAGAGAGGACAAAGAAGUCAAAGCACCAGAUGCAACAGUAGAAAGUCACUUGGGCUUGCACCCAACGGUCAGGAAUUUUAGGAAAUCCGUGGCAAAGGAGCUUGUGAGCCUGCAAGAGAAACUUGAUUCUCUACCUACCAAUAAAUCCGAAGUGUCAAAUGUGAAACUUGUGGAAGAUCUUUCUAUGAACGCCAAAGGAGAUUCUUCUUUUGAAGAAACGGGAAAUGGAAACAGCUUUGCUGAGACUCAAAGUAAUCACAGUAACAUAUCUGAUUUAGUAGAGCCUAGUCAAUGUCAAAUUUCCAAUAUCACCGAAGCAACAUCUGGCUCCCAAAUUAUGGAAAAUUCAGAGAUGAAGUUGGUUAAGAAAGAAGCAUGCGAGGAAUCUGAAGAUAAAAUUAUAGCAUCUCCACUGCAAAGCAGUCGCGAGCUAGUUGAUAAACUGAAAGAUGAUUUGAACAAUGAAGUGAUUGAUGAUGGUGAAAUGAUGAUGUUGAAGGCUCAAACUGAUGGUUCAGAGCUCAAGUUACUUGUUGAACCAAUACCAUCUGCUGCAGAAGAGAACGUAGACUCCGCAGUGGUGGGGACAAUGCCUUCUUGUCUGGGUGAUCAGUCGGCAGCAUCACCAGAGUUCAAUCAGGAACUUGUUAUCGAACAGUCUCCGAGGCAUGAGCUAAUUGAAAUAGGGAACUGCGAGGUCCUACAAGGCAAAGGCGAAGUUGAGUCUCAAUCAGCAAUUGGCAUAACCACAUCAAUUGCAGAGGCAAAUCAAGUACAGCAGACACUUGAUGCUCUUAAUGAUGCGUCAGUCAUUGUAGAUCUGAAGCAUGAAAUUGGAGAAGAGAGCGAUUUUGAAGGUCAUGAGGAUGUGAUGGCUGAACAAGAGGAAGCACAAAAAGAAGUUGGUCAUAUUAAUGAGAAUGUGAAAAUCUCCAGGGCAGAUGAUGAGAUUGGUUUAGGGAAUGCACCCAUUGAGGAUGCUAGGCUCAAUAUAGAGGAGUUCACAGUACAAAAACAUGGAGAAGAAAAAAACAAUACCAAUGAGCUCUUGGAUACUUCCGAACCAGAGAAACCUCAGCCACAACUCGCAUUUGCAGAGGAUGAAAUUCAUGAUGGAGAAGCUUGUAAACCAGAGGAACCCCAUGCUGAGUUUUCACCUCUAGAGAAUGAGACCCAUUGUGGAGUAGCUUCAAAAACAGAGGAAACUUGGCCAGGUCUUUCACCUGCACUGGGACAAGAAAACGACGACAGUGGAAUAACUAAUGAUGAAGAUAAUUGUUCCAGGCAAGACAUCAAGGAAACCAAGGAAUGUAACGAGGAAUCAGAAAACCAAGAGAUUGUAGGGGACAGGCUUGAAUUUAAAGAGCUUGUAUCGGUUGCUGGCAAUGAUAAAGUCACUGAACAGCUUUGUGGGUCUGAAACCUCUAAAGAAGCCCUGAUCGCAACUCAGUUUGUUCCUGCCGAUGCAGAGGAGCUACCUCAGGUUGAAGGAGAGCUUUUCCCAAUGUCUCCAAAUUACAGUCAAGUCUCUUUGGGAAGCAAAAUGGGUUCAGAAAGUGAUGAAAAGUUGGUUGAAGAGAACAAGAAAUUGAGGGAGAUAAUGGAGAAAUUGAUUGAAACUGGGACAGAACAGUUGACUGCGAUAUCUGACCUCUCUAGUAAAGUGAAGGAUUUGGAAAAGAAAUUGGCGAGGAAAAAGAAAUCGAGGACAAGGCGUUCAGAGCUGGAACUGCCUGUGUUAAACAUGCAAAUGAUGCUCUAA